CGCCAUAUUGUUUGACUUGGUUACGAUUAUUGAAUGUGUAUUCAAUGGCCAAAGAAAAUAACAACAGGCUCAUAUAAGCGACUGGCAGCAGUCAAUACAAACACUAUUGAGCAAAUGAGUUGGGUCAUGAACACAGGUAGACCAACAAUGACCCAUUAGUCCAUCUAACUUGUUGGAAACCAGAGUGAAAGGGACAACAUUAAGCUGGGGCCUGGUCAGCGACCGAGUAAAAAAACUCUGCCAGCGGUGUAGCACUCAAAACAGCUGAGCUUCACAAGGGAAAAUUCUGAAAGGCAGAUUCUCCAUCAGAAACAAUAUGACCAGUCUUUCUCCAGGAGUCCUCUUUAGAGCAACAGGAUUUAAUGACCAUUCUCUUCCAGUGGAGAGGAAUGUCACAGCUGAUAGCAUCCACAGAAAAUAUAGAAAAGAGCCACAUCUAAGUGGUGAGUGGCCUCAAGAAAGUCCUGUGGCCAAAGUGUACAACAUAAGUCAUACUAGUUCUCGUCUAGUUUUGCUCAACAAUAAAGCCAACAAAUACAACAACCGACUGCGUGGACAGGCCAUUGUUGUCCCAGAAUCUGCAAACAACAGCAGAGCCCACAGUGCCUGCUCCACCAGAGCUACCUCACCAAACCCAGACAGGCAUUACUAUAGAGAAAGUUGUACACCAGACCCAGAGAAACACAAGAGCUGUGUGAUCUCAGAGACGCCCAGGUUUCAAGCCUGCCCUGCCACACCCAUCAGCAACUGGUGGAGAAAUACCAAACAGAGGCCACCAAUUACAUUUCCAAACGGAUCAGCUGUGAACGAGUGGCACCACUACAGUUGUCAGGUACCCAGCGGCCCCAUCAUGUUGCCUAGCAACGGUCCUCACCACCAGCCCCGCUCUAAAUCCAUGCCCCACUCAUUCCGCAGCAGCUGGAAACUUCAGCACCCAGAUCUGACGCCUGGUCACAAGCGCUACCUGGCCGACACAGCUCAUGUGUACAGUGUGGUCAAAAUGAAGGACCUGGUCCAGGAAAGAUAUGAAAACCUGUUGUAUAAACAGAAAGUAUUAGAGGGAGCCAGGAGCAAAGGAUUUUUCUCCCAGGAAGACUACUGUAAAUAUCUUGGCUACAUCCAAGGGUCCAGAAAGAAGCUGUUCAGUGACACAGAAUACAUAGAGAGAAGAUUUGGCAGUAGACCUCACAGUAGAACAAGGAGCAGUCCUGCCAGAGUUAAGUCUGGAACUGAGAGGUCGAACUCCAGGGCAUCCACCCCGAGGAGUGGGGUCACUUCCCCACGUGAAGGGAGUGAGACCCCUAGGUCAAAGAGCAGGGCAGAGGAUAGACAUGAGACGGAGAGAAAAGGCAGUGCUGUGAGGUUCCAGAGUGAGAAAAACAAACCAGAGAGCAGAGACUCAGCUGCCAGUGGUUCCAGUCCAACAACUACAGACAGAUCUAAAACAACAGCAACUGCCAAGAAAACAUCACCACCACAGGGGUCCAACAGUUCAAAGAAACAAAAAGAAAUGAAAGAGAAACCCACACCACGCCCAGAAUCAAGGCAGACUACUCUGUCAGAUUUUCGUGAAUCUCCUAAAGCUGAGGAAGAUAAGGCAACAGGUAUAUUAGGGUGUGGAUAGUGCUU